GAAGUAGUAGGCUGUACGCCGUCCAUCUUGACAGCUGCUUCGCACUCGCUUGGACCGCGGCAUUUUUUUUUUCUACACGGCGGAAAUGAACAUCAAGUUCGUGGCUGAAAGUUUUCUUUUCCUCUUUUUUGUCGUGGAAGGCCAGUCGCAUGCAGACACAAUGAGAGAGAAAGCGAGGGGCUUUUCCAUGCGAACCUUUCCCUCUGAAGUCCACUUUGUUCUGCUCCUGCUCGGCGCUUAGAUGCUACUUUAGAUACCUCUCUGCACAUUUCCGUUAUGCGAAGUCCAACUUGGUGGUUAGUCGUCGUGCUGCGGUGGGUGCCCGUCCGAGAUAACGGAGAACUGAUUCCCUGCCAGUCUGGUUACUGCAAUGAAUGGUAACACUAUCCAUCCAGCCAACACCACUUCAGCAGGAGGAGGUCCGAGCGUAGCGGCGCCACCCAGAGGCUGGUGGGAGUUCUGCGAGCUGCAUGCUAUCGCCACCGCCCGGCAGCUGGCUGGACAUUACCGGAGCUUCGCCAGUGAGCGCCCGCAGCAUGAUCUGGUCCCGCCGGAAACCUUCUCCAAGCACUUCACCGACCUCUUUCAGCAACACUUCUGCCAGGAAGUCGACAAAGAUGGCGCCUCCGGAAGCGCCUCCGCCACAGCUCCCUCGCCGCACGCCCUGAUCAACCAGCUGCGGCACUCAACCUUGUCGCAGGACUACCGGGAGGCGAAGCGGUCAAGCGGAGGAGCCGCGUCGAUAUCCACGGUACCAAAAGUGGAGCCGGUAGUGGUGAGUCCAGAGCCGGAGCUGCCUCUGAGAUGUGCUGCCAGGAACUCCUUUUCCGGGCCGCGAAGUGUCAGCGGCGGGUCGCUGUUGAUUCAGAGCCACAGCAAUGACGAGAUCUCGGCCGCAGGUCGUCACCAGCCAUCCGAGCGCCACUCCUCGGACUCUUUGGUGUCGGGUUCUGGAGGACAUGGCGACGUCACGCAUUUCCCUGUCAGCCAGAUCCAAAAGACAGUGCAGUGGAUUUUCCAGAAACGGCAAUCCCGCAGCUCCCACUCCUCCCAGGACCUGUCUCCCAGCAACCCCAACCCCGCCACCGCCAACAACUGCCCCUCAAACAACGGCGACAGAGUGGACGAAGGCUCGUCCUCAUCCUCUUCCUCCCAAUCGUUCUCUUUUCAGAACUUCGAGGCCACGGCUCCGGCCGCGUUGCACCGACCCAGAGUUGUCUCUCAUCUCCUGGAGGGUUUCCGUUGGUUACGCAGCAGAAGCAUGCGGCUCCGGAGGCUGGACGUGAGCGGCUGCUGCAAGGAGGGCCAGCUCAAGUACCUGCUGGUGGAUGACACUAUCUCGGACUCUCAGCCCCACUGGCAACGCUGCCGCCUGCUGGUCAGGAGGAUCAGAGACGCUCAAAGUGGAGGGGGCAGAGCAGGAAGCGAGAGGUACCAGCUGGAGCUGUACGAUCCCCCAAAGGCCUCCAGCCCCAAACUGACAACUCACUGCUCAGAUAUCCAAGAAGUCCGUCGCUGCACCCGACUGGAGAUGCCCGACAACUUAAACACGUUCGUUUUAAAGGUUAAUCGAGGGAGUCUGAUAUUUGAGACAGACAACGACCAGCAGGUCAGCUCCUGGACCACAGAGCUAAAGGAAUGCAUCAGCAACAGGUCAGGCAGUGUGGAUCUGGAGUCCCCCGUGUCCUCAGCUGACAGCUCUGCUCCAGCCAAUCAGAGGAGGAGCUCAGACUCAGGACGUCAGAGCCCCGUCACCUUCGCCCUCCCUGAGCAGGUCAUCCAGAAGGCCGAUGACUUCCUGGUUUCUUUCCCCUGGUUUCACGGGCCCAUCUCUCGGGUCAAGGCGGCCCACCUGGUCCAGAGCUCCGGACCCGAGGGCCACGGCGUGUUUCUGGUCCGGCAGAGCGAGACGCGGAGGGGAGACUUCGUCCUCACGUUUAACUACCAGGGAAAAGCAAAGCACCUGCGCCUCUCUCUGAACGAAUGGGGUCAGUGCAGGGUGCAGCACCUGCGCUUCCCCUCCGUCAUGGACAUGCUCAGCCACUUCCGCCUCUACCCCAUCCCGCUGGAGUGCGGAGCAGCCGGAGCCGUCACACUGUCCAGCUUCGUCCUGGCCGGCUCCACGCCCCCCUCACAGGGCCAGCUCUCCGGCGCGCUCCUCGUCCCCUUCUCCCUCCAUCGGUGGAGCUCCGAGCCCAGCUUGGCCCGCUGCAGCCUGGCCCGCAGCUCCAGCCAGCCCCCUGCCUUCUCCCCGUCCCCCACCAGCACCACCUCCACCUCCAGCCCUGGCUCCUUCUCCCAGUUCGGCCGCGCUGUCCCGACCGCUGAUCCCGCGCCGUCGGCGCCCGCCCACCUGCUCCGGAGCGAGUCGGUGGGGAGGCGGCCCCUGCUGCGCAACCCCAACCCUCGCGCUCCCAUCAUCCCCCAGCGGGACUCGGACUACGAACUGGAGCCCGACCGCGGUCGCAAGCGGGCGAUAGACAACCAGUACAUGUUGCUCUGACCCUCCGCUCGGCCGGCUGUGAAGACGCGGUCGCGACGAUCGCUCGGAUGAAGGGCGUCGCCUUCAUCGGGAUGAAAACGAGGCCGACGAACACGAGGGAACGAAUCCGAACAAGACGGACAAAUGCAAAAUACGCAAAAAACAAAACAAAACAAAAACAAGUUUGCCUCACCCUCAGAACCUCCAGUGUCCACAGUGAAUGUAUUUUUGGACUUUAAUAAGAGUGUUGACGACGAUGAUUAAUCUUGUUUUCGAUCGACGAAAGAGAGAAAGUUUAUUAACACCUAUUGUGAUUUUCUUGUUAGUACACUUGAUGUUAUUUCUGAAAUGAUGGGAAAUCACUGUGCGCUCCUUUUGGGAAAACUUAGGGCAUGGACUUUCCUCACAAAGUUCCCAAAGCGGAGGAAAACCUCCACCUUUCGACACAAACGAAGCUGCGCUCCUUCUCCUCGUGGGAUCAAAUUCUGCUCUUCCUCUUUGUGCAUUAUUAAGCAUUUAAGUGCGCAUCACUUUCAGUGCACUUUGUACACUUUGUGUAUGUUUUCUAUACACGCAAUCUUUUAUAGAAAAACUUUUUUAAAAAACUAAAAAGGAGAAAAGAGGUAGUUCUAGAAACUAGAUCGCUGUUAAAAAAAAAAGAAACGGGAUUCAGGAUUUUUACGUCAGCUGGAGCGGAGUUUGUGAUCCGAGUCUGGAUGUGAGAUGAGCAAAGCGAACCGUAAAGAAAUUAUGUCAACAAAAUGAUGAUAAAUUAAAAUGAAAAUGCCACAAAAUCAAACAAACUGGAGUGACAGUUUUACAGACCUACAGCCAGAAACCUGAGGUUUAGAAAACGUUAACAUUUUCUAAAAGGAUGUAGUUGGCCCGACAUCCUGCUGCAGAAACCUGAGAAUUUAUCAUUUCUGAUGGAAAGCUGUUUGAUUCUUCUAGAAAUCACUUAAUCAGUUUAAUCUCAUCUGUCCAAUAAAUAUCUCUUGCGCAUUAGUGGUGAGACGUUUCACUGUUUUCCAGAGUUGAAUAAAGGGAAAUAAGAGCCUUUUUAAUUAUCUGUAAUUUGCUGAUUCCUUCAGCCUGCUGGCACAGAUGUUAGCCGAUUCUGAUUGGUCCUUCCUUGAGGAUAAAGAUAAAAUCAGAUAAAAAGAUAUAAGAACAGCAUUUAGGAUAUUUUUCUCUCUACACCUCCAUUACAGACUCCUCAUUAUUUAUACUAGCAACUUGUAAAUUAACAUGUUAAAACAGACAUAUGAUUACAGAAUUGGUAUUUUAAACUAGAUUUAACAUUAGAAAUGGCUUUGCAUCGUCAUCCACCCCAAUCCUAAUCUCUUCAGAUUGGAGCGGGGGAUGUGUUGCUUUCUUAAAAAUACUUUAGCCUACUUCGUGUCGUCUGCCAGGCUCUACUGGUUUGGAAAGCUGGAAAACAAAAUCAUAAUUUUAUAACUACAUCUUUUAAUGCUUUUUUUUUUGUUUUUUUUAAUGGAAAGAGUAUUUGACUUUACUACUUUUUCCAUAAAGAAGUUGAUUUUACCUGGACUAUUUCUGUCUAGUAUGAAAAAUUGGUUUGGAGCACUGUAUAAAUUAUGACAUGUUUAUUAAACUGAUACUAAUUUCUAUGUAAUUAUUAAAUUAGAGUUGGCAUGGAGGGCGUAGAGAGCAGCAGGAUCCAGAUUCCUGCUCCGGAAACGUGAAGCAGCAUCACUUUAAGGUCGUCAUGGAGACGGAUGUAGGACAGUUUUCUCGUCCCUUAAAGACGAGAUAACUGUCUCAAUGAUCCGUGAAGAAGGUGCCUCCAGUUUCUUGUUUUUGUGGCGUACGGUGAGGGAAUACUCCGCAGCACGUCCAGACAGAAGCAAUGAUUGGACUGAAUCAAGAGUCUACAUGAUUUGUCCUCUUUCUAACAGAGACGUUUGGUUUUCGGUGACGCAGCUCAGCUGCUACAACCACAUUUCCCCUCCCCAGUUUCAGGCACCUUUCUCCAUUCUGGUAGCAGCAUUAUGUGUCUUAGCUUUACUUCUUCUUUUAACACUUAUAGCAUUAAUUCUUUGUAUUUUCUCUCACUUCACCACAGCAGCUGAAACCAAAAGGGCUGCAAAACAUCAUUUUUUUUGUUGUUUUUUUUUUUUUUACACUAGAUGUAUUUUCUAAUCGAUGAUUAUAUAUUUUUAAAAGGAAGGUUUUGUAAACACAGUUUCGAAGGGUGUUUAAAUGUGGCGUGAGAUGUUGCAGAACCACUAACGUUAAUAAUCAAAGGUGCCUUUAUAAAAGGUUUGAAACCAUCAUUUUGACCACAAUAAGCAACUCAGGUGUGCUUUUUAGUGAAUGAAGCCUUUAACCAAAACCCCGAGUUCUCCAUCAUUCUCCAUCCCAAACUUUAGAGAAGUCAAAGAUGAUCUGUAACUUUCACAUCCGCUCGCAGCGGGAUGAGUUUGGGAAGUCUUCUAACUUUGCUUUAACACUAACUUCAGCAGAUUAUUUUACAUUUGCUCGCAGUAAACUUGCGCCUAAAGUUUGGUGUGUCUCUUUCUCCGCAGCUCCCCGUUUCGUUUUCCCUCUUGGUUUUGAUAGUUUUUGUAGUAAUAAACCAGUUUUUUUUUCUUUCAUUGUUAUUUUUUUCUACCAAAGUUAACAUUUGUUGGUUUACUUAAUGGUUGUUGCGUCCUGUGUUAUUGUGAUCUAGACUGACAUCUUUUAAGGGGAACAAAAACAAGGAUGUUUUUGGCAAACGUACGGUUGGUCUUCCUGCCUUUAUGUGUCUGAACAGAUUCCUUCGCCACCUCUGUUUCAUUUCUGCUAAAGCAGAGCAACGGUAAAAGCAAAAAAUAAAAAGAAGAA